AUGAAUAGGAAUCAGAAAAUUUCUUUGAUUGAUUUAAUAAUAAGAGAAUUACAAUUGAAGGAUGUUAUGUUAUUUUUUCUGUCAUUUUGUUUUCACGUGUAUCAUAAUCUGGAUAAAAAGUCUAAGCCGAAAACUUCUUGUAUCAUAAAAUUUGACGAUAAUAUUUACAAUUUUUUAAAGAAUGCACAUAAGCAGAUGUUUAUAUGGGUAAAAAAAGUGAGUAUUUGA